AUGCUCGCACGGCAGGAGAAGAAGUCUACCGCCUUCUCCUUCUUGCACUUCCGUGCCGGUGAGCGUUUCUAUCAAGGGCACUGGGAGAGCGUUGUCGACAUGCAGGCGCAGCUCGAUGCGUUCACCGAGGCAGCGCAGACGACGCUGUCCAAGCGCAUCUCGAGGCCGUACUUGCGCGGUACGCCGAUCCCCGGCCUGACACUCUUCAACAACGAUCUCGGCUUGCAAAGCCCGCUCGUGCAGUGCAGCUAUCCCCUGAUCGUUGCUCAGCGGUUGCUGCUCUUCCCCGAUCACUUAAGGCACUUCCACACCAUCUGUGGACGCGAGAACGUGCCCUGCGACUUCUACGCCGACAUCGACCUCCCUGGCGAGUCCACCGCCGGGGCGGAGAAGACGCUGCUGGAGGUGCUCAACUACCUGGAGGUGCGGCUGCCCGGCGUGGGCUUCACUGACCCCUUCUUUCUUGUCUUGACGAACGCCGUACCAAGCAGGGAUAAGGUGUCGUACCAUAUUCAUGCUCGGAGCUUCACACACAUGAAACACCGCCCACUCGCCAACAGCGCCGAGGCGAGCACGAGCGGCAGAGCAAAACGCAGGCCCGCUAGACAGAGGAAGGCCAAGGCAGCAGCAGCAGCAGCGCCAGCCGACCGCACGUUUGGCGAGGAUGGCAUAGACGAGGAACACGACGAAGAUCCGUACGACGACCUGAGUGACAUGGUCAGUGCCGUGGAUGUCGGCGGCAAGGGCUCGGCGUCCUCGCGCGGCGGCAGUGCUGCCACCCCCAAGGUGGUGGCGUUCCAGGACUACCGCGCCGUGAAGCUCAUCGCGGACGAGGUGAAUCAAACAGUUGGUCGUGACGUUGUUGACCACAACUGCUACCGGACGAACGGCAUGCUGCGCUGCGCCUUCAGCGCCAAGAUGCCCUCUGCACAGGAUCACAACUACCAUCAGCAGACCGACAGCGGCGCGGCGGCGGCGCGCAAGCGUCUUGUGCCGCUCGUGACCGCCUCCGACCCGGCUUUACAGCAGCGGCUGUCGGAGACCGAGUCGGUGCUCCGCACCAUGACAGACCCCGAAGUGCUGGAGCUCACUUUUGUGACGAGGCACCUGGACGCGGACCCCAAGGUGAUCAAGGCCGCCCGGAAGCGUGCCGUGAGUCUCUUGGCGCACGAGAGGGACGCCCCCGCCGAGAGUGCAGAGCAGCUGCGUCGCGCCGCCGUGCUGGACGCGACAACAAAACACCGCUUCAAGCUGAUUCGGCCACGCCAGAUCAUGGGCCCGCAGGCAACGCGGGCCGUGGAGUACGAUGCCUACGGCAACGUCGUGCCGCCCUUCCUCACGGAGGCCGCAAAGUGGCGCCGCUUCAAGGCGGUCACGGCGAAGCUGCGCACCUUGCCGCCUCGAGCUGCGGAGAGCUACGACGUGUGGGUGCGCGUCGGCCUUGCCCUUCACAACUUCAGCAACGAAGACCACGUCUUCGAGGAGUGGGUGCGCUUCUCUCUCAAGUCACCGCUCAAGUACUCGCGGGAGGUGUGCCGUAAGAAGUGGGUGCAGUUUGAACGCAACCCCGACGCGCUGAACUGGCGCCGUGGGUUCAACUAUCUGAACUCGACUGUAUGGCGCCAGGUGUGA